AUGGCACGGUCAUUCGGCAUAAGGCGAGAUAGAGAAUACUGGCUAAAUCAAAUACAGAGGAAAAUAUUGGAUAGAGGAGUGAGUGAUUUGGGAGAGAUAAGGGAAGAUAUACAAGGACGAAUUGGGGAACAAAGAAGCAUGGCGACCGAGGAGGAAGAAAGACACACAAAGGAGGUUGCAGAGGAGAAUAGAUUGUAUAAAGCUAUAUGUGAUAACAACUGGGAAAUUGCAAAAGCAUUGUUAGAGGAAAAGCCAAAUGCCUUAACCUCAACAAUUACCGCUUUUGGGGAAACACCAUUUCAUGUGGCUGCCUUCUUUGGUCAUGCCAACAUAAUGGAAGAGUUGCUGAAACUGUUAGAGAAUCCAGAAUUCCUAGAAACUAUUGAUCAUUGUGGCUAUACGCCACUCUUAGCUGCCACCGUCACUGGAAGCAUUGAAGUUGCCAAAUGUCUAGUGGACAAGAAUUCCUACCCACCUUGCAUUCCGUACUACCCAAGAUCCGAACUUCCUGUUACGUCGGCUUUUGUCAGUGGUCAUCAUGAAAUGGGACAUUAUCUUUAUUCUCAAACUCGAUUGGAAUACCUCCAACCCCGCCAUCUCGGUCAUCCUCUUGGUCCUACUCUUCUUCGUUGUUGUUUGCAGACACAACGUUUCGAUAUCGCUCACCACUUGCUUACUCAAUGCCAAGAAUUGCUUUUUGCUUCUGAUGAGAAGGAUUGGAAGCCAAUUCACGGCAUCAUAUCCAUGACUUCUAAAAUUCCUAGCCCAACUGAACUUGUCUUUUGGAAACGAUGGAUCUAUGACGAUAUGGAUACAAAUUCAACUCCAAGUUUCCAAAGUGCUUCUUUACCCACCCAAAAUGAAGACGAAGACACAAGGGAAAGAAAACAGGGGAAACUAACAGGGCCAGUUGCAGCAGGACAUCGUCUGCUUCGAUGGCUCAUCUUCUCUGCUUAUAAUUUUAGAGGAAUCAAGAAGAUAAAAGAGAUGAAGUUACAGCAAGCAAAAGCAAAUAAACUUGUUGAUCUAGUUUGUAGGAAUGCAAGCAAUAGAUAUGAAGUGCAAACUAUUGCAGAUGCGUUAUUUCUGGCAGCGAAAGAAGGGAAUGUUGAGUUUGUGGUUAAAAUAUCAAAGGCAAAUCCUGGAAUCUUGCUCAGAGGGGAUGACUCAUUUCGAAACAUUUUCCACCAUGCCAUUCAGCAUCGACAAGCUGGGGUUUUCAACCUUAUCCAUGGGCUUCGCUUCAAGGAUGUCUUUGCUACAAGCAAAGAUAAAGAUGGAAAUACUUUGCUGCAUGCGGCAGCUGCAAAAGCUCCUGGCACCAUUCUUAACCGCAUCUAUGGACCAGCGUUACAAAUGCAAAGAGAGCUACAAUGGUUCAAGGAGGUUGAGGGGAUAACGCCUCCAAACUUUAGGGUACUUCAAAACAGUAGAGGAGCUUUUACUGUGGCUGGAGGAAAUGAUGAAAAUAUUGGAUACCCAUUAUUCAUCAAACAACCAUUUUUUAAGGUCUUCAUCUUCUCAACCAUAUUAUCACUUCUCUCCUCUUCAACUUCUGUUUUAAUGUUUUCGGCAAUCCUAACCUCUAAAUACUCAGAGGAAAAGUUCCUCAAGUCCUUGCCUACAAAGUUGAUUUUGGGUCUGUUUGUUCUUUUCAUCUCCAUUGUAAGCAUGAUAGUAGCCUUUCUGUCUACCAUUCGUCUUAUGCUAAAACACACAAACUACUCAUGGGGUCUCCUUCCAAUUAUUAUCUUUGCAAGUGUCCCCAUCUUCCUCUUUGUGCUGUCACAAUUCCCUCUUCUUCUUCACACUUUUGUUUCUACGUAUGGGACUAUCUUUGACAGGAAAGUCAAGCCUUGGCCUUGA